GGAUCGCGCUUCCUCUUCCCUCGGAUCCUCCCCUUGUCCAGCGGGAGGACUCAUGCAGCGCAGGGAUUUGUGAGACUCAGUGCCUGCCCUGAAUGGGCUCCUGUCAGGAAAUCACGGGCUCCCCAACAUGCCGGUUAAGAGCAGGUACAACCUGGUGGAUGACGGCCACGAUCUGCGGAUCCCCAUGCACAAUGAGGAGGCUUUCCAGCACGGGAUCUGCUUCGAGGCCAAGUACAUCGGGAGUUUGGAUGUCCCGCGGCCCAACAGCAGAGUGGAGAUUGUUGCAGCCAUGAGGCGAAUAAGAUAUGAAUUCAAAGCCAAGAACAUCAAAAAGAAAAAAGUGAAUAUCCUGGUGUCUGUGGAUGGGGUAAAGGUGACCCUAAAAAAGAAGAAAAAGAAGAAGGAGUGGGCUUGGGAUCAGAACAAGAUGCUAGUUAUGCAAGAUCCUAUUUACAGAAUAUUCUAUGUAUCGCAUGACUCCCAGGAUCUCAAGAUCUUCAGCUAUAUUGCCAGAGACGGAACCAGUAACAUCUUCCGCUGCAAUGUCUUCAAGUCAAAGAAGAAGAGCCAGGCCAUGCGAGUUGUCCGGACGGUGGGGCAAGCGUUUGAGGUUUGUCACAAGCUGAGUCUGCAGCACACCGAGCAAGGCGGGGAUGGACAAGAAGAUGUGGAUAGUGAGAAGAGUACUGAUGAUUCCACGGUACCAGUGACACAAACGGUUGCCAGUGUGGAUCAUCCUGCAGAUGAGACGGAUAUUGAUGCGCUGGACAGUCCUCUCGCAGGCGGGGAAGGUCCAGCAUUUAGCCGCGGAGUGACUGACCUGGAUGCUGUUCGUAUAGAAACCGAUCACACAAAUGAAAAUAAGAAGGACCAAGUGAUUCCGGCCUCUCCCAAGCUGCUUCUCCCGGCCAGCAGUCAGCUACCUCCUGGUGCGCCACUUUCUCUGCACCACCAGAUCCAGCUUCUUCAGCAGCAACUGCAGCAGCAACAGCAGCAAACUCAAGUGGCCGUGGCACAGGUCCAUUUACUGAAAGACCAGCUGUCGGCUGAAGCUGCUGCCAGGCUGGAAUCUCAGGCAAGAGUCCAUCAGCUCCUUCUGCAGAACAAAGACCUGCUGCAGCACAUAUCUCUGCUGGUCAGACAAGUUCAGGAAUUGGAGGUCAAGUUGUCUGGAAAAAAUCCUAUGGGAUCUCAAGACAGUCUCCUGGAGAUUACAUUCCGUCCCAAUGUCCUCCCGGUUUUGUGUGACCCUUCCACUCCAAAGCCUGAAGAUCUGCCUCAACUCACUGAUUCGGAUCCCUCUUUUCAACUGGGCAGCCCUUUAGUUGACCAAAGCAUAUUCCAGAACUCAAAUGCAGCUCACACACCAAAGCUACAGCCCAGCCGAUCCCUUAGCCAGUUGACAAAGACACAAAGUAACUCCGAUCCUGCAGGAGUCGGUAUUUUGGUUGGCAGCACCCAGCACCUUAAAAACCUAGGCAAAGCAGUUGGUGCCAAGGUGAAUGAUUUCUUACGAAGGAGAGAGACUGAUCGAGGAGACAUUGGUGUCACAGAAGUAAACAAGACUGUGGUUACAGCGCUCACCAGCAGUGAGAUGUCUUUGUGUCGGAAUCUUGGUGAAGGAGAAAUGUCAAAGUUUUUGGAGAGUUUUCCUCGCCUUGAACCUCCUCCACCUGUUGUGAAGAAACGCACCCCACGGGCUUUAAAGACGACACAGGAUAUGAUGAUCUCACCAAAUCCGGUAAUAACCAACUCGGAGAAGCAUCUGAGUUUCCCUUUAUCCAGCUAUAACAUAACAAGUGAAACCCCCAACGAAUCUGUAGUUGAAGAGGACAGAUCCCCAGAAUCAAAACACCAGCCUGAUCCUUUACCCAACGGAAAAGCAGAAACUGAUGUUAAGGAGCAUGCUGAGGAGCAUAACGGGGUUCUUUCUGAGGCAACCUUCACUGUACCUGACCUAAUUCACAAAGAAAUGCUGGAGACAGACCUCCGAGUUCCAGCUGCAAACUACUCGUAUAAGACAGACAUGAAAAUCAGCUUUAGCCAAGAUGAGCUAAGAGAAGAGACAAAUGAUUCAGCAUGUGGUUCAUGGCCAACAAACUCAAGCCUGGACAAAGAAGGUCCCCAUCCCGACUUGCUGUCCUUUGAGUAGAUAUUUUUAUGGUGCCAUACUGAGAGUCGUUUGAUAAUUGGAACCAUGGGUCUUUAAGAUGGGUAAAAUGAUCUUUGUUGAAAGCAGACUACAUGAGUAAUUAUGACCUCACCAGAUAUACCACCAGGGGUUUCCAUACUUUUCUCACUAGUUACAUGUUAAGAAUUUAAAUUAUUUCACUGAGUUCACCUGUAAUGUGCCUUCAGGAGGCGUCCAUGUAAACUAUAUAUUAAGUGAUGUAUUCCUUGUUAAUGAAAGAUUCUUAGAUUUUUUUUCACUUCUGGGGUUUUGUUAAAUAUUUCAAGAUUUUAGGGUAUUUUUUGUACUUGUGUAGCUGCAUGCCAUUUUUACUGUGUGCAUAUUAGUGCAUAUUAUCAAAGUACGUUUUAGAAAUAAAAUAUGUAACAUUAA